CUUUCAUCAAAAUACAAUUCAACAGUAACUCUUUUUCUAUUUCACAAAACCAGACAACUCUAUUUUAAUACAUUCAUUCGUUCAUUCAUAUACCCAGCAUACUAUUAAAUAAAAUAAAAAUGCCAGCCAUUAUCAAAUUAGUCUCCAGCUUUUUUCUUUUUGCAACCAUAUGCUCAGCAGGCUGCGAGAACCCGGCAUUGUUCAAAAAGUGCCUUGCACAGACCCGCGCCGAAGUCAACAUCUGUGGUAUCAACAUGACGUGUAAGUGUAUCCGGCAAGGCUAUGUUGCGCAGUGCUACGAUAAGUGCGGAGACGAUGAGCAUUUUAUGAAGCUCAAGGCUGGUGAAAAAGGGUACCAGCAGAUUAUUUGCAGCCAGAAGCGCCCAGGUGAGCCCGAGGAUAUGCCGAUUAUUGGAUCGGAAGGUCCUACUACAGAGCCAAAGAAAAAUUCGGUUCCACAACCGCCGCAGGCAAAUAAAAAACUACAGUCACCGCCACCGCCACCGGCUGCGGGCCCUGAAGGCCCUGACAGGAGGGGCGAUCGUGGCGCAAGCGACGAUGAUGGCGUAAUAGUAAAGGGUGGUGUGCGCGGUAGUAGGAAUAGCGGAGGAGCAGUGCUGGUCAAGGAUGCCGAUAUCGAUGGGGCGUCGGGGCUCCAGGGAAUGUCCGUGGUUGGAUCGAUUGCCGCAGCUUUGGCAGUCGCUGUUUUGGCAGUAGGGUCAUCGCAUGCUUUGUAAGGGUUACAUAAAUAGUAAAUAACAUAAAACAAACAGGGGCAAGAUAAACGAAAACAAGAUAAAAAAUAUAUAUAUCAACCUGCGCC